GAUAAACCAGAACCAAAUUAUACUGAAAACAAAACAGAGUAUAAUGUUUCAAUCUUGAUGUGCUAUUUACUUAACUCAAAACUCCACUCCACAUUCGACAGUGACUGGUUCCAAUUUUCAAACCAUUCUUUUUACAACCUCUGAAAACACAACACACAAGCGUAACCGCAAAGCCAAUCAUUAUCCACCAGCAUGUCUCACCAACAACCUCUGUUAGAACAACAAGAAGAAGAAGGAGAAGAAACGGCUUACGAUUCAUCUGAAAAGGUUGUUGUUGUUGGAACCGACGAAGAAGAAGCCUAUGAAGCCGAGGUGGACUCAGGAGUACGAAUUCCACCGUUUUCAUGGAAGAAACUCUGGUUAUUCAGUGGACCAGGUUUUCUAAUGAGUAUAGCAUUUUUGGAUCCUGGAAACUUGGAAGGAGAUCUUCAAUCUGGUGCAAUUGCUGGGUAUUCAUUGUUAUGGCUUCUUAUGUGGGCUACUGCUAUGGGGCUUUUGAUUCAGCUUUUGUCAGCAAGGUUAGGUGUUGCUACGGGAAGACAUUUGGCUGAACUUUGUAGAGAUGAGUAUCCUACUUGGGCUAGGAUUGUUCUUUGGUUGAUGACUGAAGUUGCUUUAAUUGGUUCUGAUAUUCAAGAGGUUAUUGGUAGUGCCAUUGCUAUUAGGAUUUUGAGUAAUGGCCUUGUUCCUCUUUGGGCUGGUGUUGUCAUUACUGCUUUAGAUUGUUUCAUUUUUCUCUUUCUUGAGAACUAUGGUGUGAGGAAAUUGGAAGCUUUUUUUGCUGUUCUGAUAGCUAUUAUGGCUCUCUCAUUUGCUUGGAUGUUUGGUGAAGCAAAGCCAGAUGGUGUUGAUGUUCUUGUUGGUAUUUUGGUUCCUAAACUUAGCUCCAGAACUAUACAACAAGCUGUUGGAGUUGUUGGUUGCAUUAUUAUGCCUCACAAUGUAUUCUUGCAUUCUGCUCUUGUUCAAUCCAGGCAGGUUGACCCCAAAAAGAAAGGCCGCGUUCAAGAAGCUCUCAAUUACUACUCCAUAGAGUCCACCAUUGCACUUGUUGUUUCCUUUAUUAUUAAUAUAUUUGUCACAACUGUGUUUGCUAAGGGCUUUUAUGGUACUGAAAUAGCAAAUAGGAUCGGUCUCGUAAAUGCAGGGCAGUACCUUCAGGAGAAGUAUGGAGGCGGAGUAUUCCCAAUCCUGUAUAUAUGGGGUAUUGGGUUAUUAGCAGCUGGUCAAAGUAGCACUAUUACUGGUACAUAUGCUGGACAAUUCAUCAUGGGUGGUUUUCUGAAUUUGAAGUUGAAAAAAUGGAUGAGGGCGUUGAUUACUCGGAGUUUCGCAAUCGUCCCGACUAUGAUAGUUGCACUUAUAUUUGAUUCUUCAGAGGAAUCAUUAGAUGUUUUGAAUGAAUGGCUUAAUGUUCUUCAGUCAGUGCAAAUCCCUUUCGCAUUGAUUCCCUUGCUUUGUUUGGUUUCAAAGGAACGAAUAAUGGGCACUUUCAAGAUUGGCUCUGUCCUCAAGACUGUUUCCUGGCUUGUGGCUGCUCUAGUGAUAGUGAUAAAUGGCUAUCUUUUGCUGGAGUUCUUUUCCUCUGAAGUGAGUGGAGCAGUGUUCACCACUGUUGUGUGCGCAAUAACAGCAGCAUACGUUGCAUUCAUAAUUUACCUUAUAUCAAGCUCCAUUACAUUUUCACCUUGGCAAAGUUUAACUCGAUCAAAGACAGUUACCACCACGGAGAGUUGAGCAGCCACAAAUAGUAGCUACCACGCAAAGUUCAGUGUCAACAUUAUUCCUCAAAAUCAAGAAGUAGGACUAUAAUUAUUGCUAAAGAAUUUAAUCAAUAUUUUUGCCCUAUUCUUAUUGAGCAUACUAAUGCUUAUUAUCUGUAUAACUAAUAACUUGCAAUGAUUCAGGGGGGGUGGUGGUACCUUAUUUAUUGGUUGUCUGUACUUUAAUGAAACAAGUCAGUGUAGAUGUUAGUAACUUACAGUACUGUAAAAUUUGAUAUACAAUGGAGCUGUAAUCAUACCUUUUAAGACUAUGAUGUUAAGAAUGUUAUUUUUA